AUGGCAAGUGAUAACAAGGGCGGCAUAAUCGGACCGAUUCCGGCGUUGAUGCGAUCAAUUGUUGGAAAGCGUAUUGUCUCCCGUCUUUCCCUCUCCGUCAGCCCCUUCCCUCCUCCCCUCGCGUAUAUUUUCAUAAAUAUGGUCAAGCACGCUUUCUACAAAUGCCCCUUCUCUGGGGAAACUGAAGAGCUCUCGAGGGUCCAACUUAUUCCCGACUUAACCGACGACGCAGACGAAACGGAGGUGGCUUGCAUCGAGUGGAUCUGGGGCUUGAAGCGGGGCGGACUUCAAUACUAUCUUGCUACAGCCCAUAAUUCGCUGUAUCUGCGCAGAGACAUCGCACACCUCUACGCAACCUUCCAAUUCAUUCUCGUGCCUACCUUCAAGGACCAUUGCAACAUAAUGAACUUCAUGAGUCGCGCCCAUGUCCUCGAUCGAGAUGACAGAGAUAAAUCUCGUCGUCGCCCUUUGACCGCUAUGAGACCUUCGAAAGGCUUAUAUCGAUACGUCUUCAUCCCAUUCACUGACGCCGCGCGCAAACUGCAAGCGGAAUUCAAUUUGCAGCCGCAGGCCGAAGAAGACCUCGCUGGUUGGAUUGACCCGGUGCUAGACCAGCCAUUGCUGAAAGGAUCUGAUGCUUUCCCUAUCGUCGAAUGCUAUCCCCACCCGUACUCAGUAUGCUCGCUGGCCGGUGAUGCCUUUCAAUAUCACAACUUCGGCACUCCAGUCACGGCGCAGUAUUCCAUCUCUGUGAUGCACAUAACCGCUCAAUGGGAUCUCAUCAAGAAAACGGCACAUAUUCCCCAGUGGUUUAUCGACUCGCCCGGCAUGGAAGAAGACGAUAUCACAGUAUCGAGCCGGGAGGGGGACGGCUACACGGUGACCUCGCAGAGCAAGAACGCGAACGACGGCGUCAAAGUCGUCUACGACGACGAGGAGGAACUGCAGGCUCGCGUUUCUGACUGGGCGAAUGUCGUCGACCCCGACUCAAUACCCGAGGAGCAGCCGCCUAUCCUCCCCGAGCCAAUCGAAGUACGCCGCUCCGAGCGACUACGGCGGCGCUACAACCCGUACGGGAAGCCGGAGCCCGUCUACAGGCCGGACCCCAUACGCGAAGCGCCGUGGCCCACGCCGGAAGACGCGGACCCAUACCGGAUCAACCCUUCGCUGCGGGCUCUCUGGUGUCGUCGCCACGACGCCUUCGAUACGGUCCGCAUGACCCCCCUCCUCGCCUACGCGACGACGAGGGUCGACGUCGAUCCGACCGCCGCCUUUCAGGCCUCAAUGACGGACACGCAAUCACUAGAGCAGCACCUAGCUGCGCUGCAGCUCUUCCGCUCGCUCUUCCAGGAGGCUACGGAUCAGACGCACCGCCUACUUGCGCUCGUAAUGCCACCCUACAGACGCGUCCAGUCUCAAUACUAUGCCCAGCAAACUCCCCAUGGUGGCGAGGUUCAAAUACGUGGCGACUACAAUCGAUGCCGCCGACUCGCCCUCCUGUUCCUACGCCCUCUUCACAACACAACUAUUGCCUCCGCUGAUGCCAUCAGCUCCCAAGUUGUAUUGAGCGUAUCCGUUCCGAACAUGCGCAAGCAUCCUUGGAAGAAGUGUCCCUUCUCAGGCAUGACGGACGAUUUGUGGCUGGUUAAGCCUAUUCCCGACUUAGCAGAUGAUGCGGACGAAAUGCAGGUAGCCUGCACUGAGUGGGUAUGGGGGCUCAAGCGUGGUGGUCUUCCAUAUUUUCUCGUCGAAGCUCAUAACUCACUUUACGCGCGCCAUGACAUCGCCGACCUCUACUCAAGCUACCAAUUUGUCCUUGCUCCGACCUUCGAACUUGUCAAAGAGAUCAUGGAUUUCGUGGAGCACGCGCGCGUUUUACGUCGAGACGAGAAAGAUAGAUCACCUCGCCGUCCUCUAACAGCGUUGAAGCCUCCCAGCGGACUGUACCGCUAUGUCUUUAUUCCGUUCACCGACGAUGCUAGUGCACUACAACAGGAGUUCGCCCUACAACCGCAGACCACUGACGAUCUAACCGGCUGGGUGAACACGCUCUUGGGACCAGGAUUCGAGGAAGGCUGCGAAGCAUUCGAUUACAUGGGCGUGCGCACUUUGGAGAUGGCACAAUACGCAACCGCUGCCUCGGCUGUCCUCGAACAGUGGAAACUCAGCACAACACCGGCACGUGUUCCUCAGUGGUUCAUCGACUGUCCGGGUAUGGAAGAUGAUGAUAUCACCAUAACGAGCUCGCGAGCGCAUGGCUACACGAUCACCUCGCGAGGCAACAACGACGAAGACCGCGUCAAGAUCAUCUAUGAGGGCGACGAUGUACUACGAGCUCGUGUAUCAGAAUGGGCCCACGGCGUCGAUCCUGAGUCCUCACCCGAGGAGCAUCAGCCACCUAUCCUCUCCGAACCGACUGAAGUUCGCCGCUCCGAGCGAAUACGCAGGCGGUACAACCCGUCCGGAAAGCUGGGUCCCAGCACCUGCAUGCCAGAUCCAGUGCGCGAGGCGCCAUGGCCAACCCCGGAAGACGCAGACCCAUUCAAGUUCCCGCCAGGAUGGACCAGGCGCUCGUGCCGCUUCCCAACGCGCACAUUCUCGAGCAACGAUUGGGCGUUCUUCUGCUACGAUAGCAUAUCCGUACUGAGUAUGAGCAAGCAUCCAUGGCAGAAGUGCCCUUUCUCAGGCAUCACCGAAGACCUGUACAGGGUCAAGCCUAUCCCAGAAUUAGCAGAUGACGCAGAUGAAAUGCAGGUAGCCUGUACAGAGUGGGUCUGGGGACUAAAGCGAGGCCAACUCCCAUACCAUAUCGCCACGGCUCAUAACUCGUUGUAUCUGCGCAAGGACAUUGCGGACCUCGUCGCGUCCUACCAAGUCAUUCUCGCUCCGACUUUCAGAAUGGUCAAAGAGAUCAUGGACUUCUUAGAUCAUUCGCGUAUUCUGCGUCGAGACGAGCACGACAAAUCCCCUCGUCGUCCCUUGACAGCCCUGAAACCAUCAAGCGGAUUAUAUCGAUACGUCUUCAUUCCAUUCACUGAUGCUGCCCGCGAACUGCAAACUGAGUUCAGCUUGCAGCCGCAGACCGCGGACGACCUGUCCGGCUGGGUGAACCCAAUCGUGGGCCCAGGAUUUAUGAGAGGCUGCGAUGCGUUUCCUAUCGUCGAAUGCUACGCCCAUCCUUACUACGUCUGCACUUUCGCCGAACAAGCAUUGGAACAUCGUAGACUGGGCACAAUGGUCACGGCCCAGUAUGCGACCGCUGCAUCACAGGUCGUUGAACUAUGGAAAAUGACCACGACACGAGCGCGCAUUCCUCAGUGGUUCAUCGACUCCCCGAGCAUGGAAGAUGACGACAUCACCAUAGCGAGCUCGCAAGCAAGUGGCUACACGAUAACCUCGCGAGGCAAUGGUCAGGAUGACCGCGAUGAAGUCUUCUCCGAGGGCGACGACGUCUUGCAUGCUCGUGUAUAUGAGUGGGCCCAAGCCGUCGAUCCCGAGCUCAUACCAGAGGAACAGCUACCAAUCCCUUCCGUUGCGAUAGAAGUCCGGCGGUCCGAGCGAAUACGCAGGCGCUACAACCCCUACGGCAAGCCGGAGCCCGUAUAUAGGCAGGAUCCCAUACGCGAAGCGCCGUGGCCGACUCCGGAAGGCGCAGACCCAUACAAAUACCCGCCGAUGUGGACCGAGCGCUCGAGCCGCUUUCCAACGCGCAGAUUCUCGAGCAACGAUUGGGCCUUCUUUUGCUACAACAUCGCUCUCGCCCUGCCUGAGAAGAGCUAG